AUGUCUGCAACGAGAACUUUAACUGGCAAGCCAGACGUUCGCGGAGUAAAAUCUGCAGUGACCACAUCGAAAUAUCGCCAAGAUGCGCAGAUACCAAAGGGGCAAAAAGAAAAAACGGAGCAAAAAAUAACACCUACGAUUAUACAUAUAACAAUACAAGCUGCACCGGACAAAAUUCGUACUGAAAAAAAGAGAUCGAAACGAAAGCUCGCACCUGAUACGGGGAGUGUCGCUUGCGUAAGAGACUCUUCGACAGAUAUUCCGGAUAAAGAUGAAAGAAAACCCGAUCGACGCGAGAAGAUACGUCGUGUGAUUUUCCCGGAAAUGCGCGGAGGCAUACUAUAUUCCAGAUGUUGGUGCUUGCAUAGAGACGGCCUCCAAGAUCAUUGUCCCUUGUCGCAAUGUCAAGGGCAACCGGAAUGUCUAGUUAAACCGUGGGCUGCCUGUCCUCCAGGAAAAUUUGUCAGGUCACGUCAUCCAGAAUUGUAUCCAAAAGCAUCUGACGCCAGUUACAAACAAUAUGAGUCUCUUUAAAAAAAAUUGAAAAGUAGAAAAAGGAAAAAAUAGAUAUCGAAAUCCU